AUGCCAAAACACUACGACGUUGUUGUCGUAGGUGCUGGCAUUUUUGGAUCAUGCACUGCUUAUCACUGUCAACGUCUAGGGCUGCGUACUUUGCUCCUUGAGCAGUUCAACAUUGGUCACGCAAAUGGAAGUUCACAUGGAAAAAGUAGAAUCACUCGGUAUGCUCACACAGAUCCGGAAUACGUGCCACUUGUUGGGGACUCCUACAACCAGAUUGCAGAGUUAGAGGAGAAACGAAAAGAGAAACUAUGGAAGUCAGUGGAAAAAACCAGUUUUCAUUAUUAUACUUUCGAUUUCAGCAAGUUAGGUUUGUUAUGGGCGGCUACUGGUAAUCAAGUACACACCAUAUCAGGUCAUUUGAAAAAGCACCACAUUGAGCAUGAAGUUAUCACUGGGAGCCAGAUUUCUGAAAGAUAUCCACAGUUCAAAUUCGAUGAAAAAUGGACGGGACUCAUAGAUCCAAUGGGAGGAGUCAUCUAUGCCAACAAAUGGUUGAAAGCUUUUCAGGAAGAGUUCAGGAAUCUGGGCGGAACUAUUCGAGAAAACGAACCCUUGAUUUCUCACACAGAAGACACAACUUCUCCAUUAGCUAUUAAAACUAAAAAUGAAAGUUAUACUACUAAGAAGUUGAUUUUCACAGUCGGCUGCUGGAUUACAAAAUUCUUUCCAAAUGUGAAUUUCAAAAUAAAACCUAUCAGCUUGGCAGUUUGUUAUUGGAGAGCCAAAGAGGAAUGCGACAGCCAUCUUCUUGAUGAAAACAAUUUUCCAUUGUUGAUCGCAAAAAAUCACGAUAAGAAAGAGUUUUAUUUUGCAUUGCCGGACACUGACUAUCCAGGAGCAAUAAAGCUUGUCUUGGAUGAUGGCGACGAACUUAUGGGAGAUUUGAGCCAUCCUAGGAGAAACAAUAAAAGCUUCAUUGAACUUCCUGGUAACUUCAUUUCGAAUCAUAUUCCAGUGGUAGACAGUGCAAAACCGUUCAAAGUGGACCAGUGCAAAUAUACAAAUUCUCCCGACCAUCACUACCUAAUUGGACCAGUCUCUUCUAAAAACCCCGACAUUCUUGUUGGCGGAUGUGGAUCAGGAUCGGGAUUCAAAACUGCACCAGGCAUUGGAAGAGCUCUUGCAGAGAUGGCAGCUGGAAAACCAACAACUGUGGAAGUUUCGUUCUUUUCUCCUAGUCGAUUUGGAGAAUCAGUUUAA